AGUGAAGGGCGAGUGGAUUGUCGGGCCUACUAGCCCUGCAGGGCGAGUGGCUCUGGAAAAAUUCUUCAACCCCUGCAUUGGAUCAACUCCAUCCACCUAUUCAUUUUACCAAAAACAUGCAUAAUGAACACAAGGACAAACGUACUUAAGUUCAGUUUCAUCCCAAACACAAUAUGUGACUGGAACUCUCUUCCUCCGGACUUGAUUCGCAAAUAAACAGCUACUAAUGAUCCUGUUUCUGCGUUUAUAAACCAAAUUAGAGGGGGGCUCGAAAACUAAGUAUGUUUCACAGCUACUUGACGCACACGCGCAUUAAACCAACCAUGCCCAGCUCAGAUUCCAGCAGUAGUGAUGAUGACAGCGGUAGCAGCAGCAGUAGUUCUAGCAGCGAGUCUGAGCCUCCAGUGAUGUCUCCCAAAAAGACAGGGCCGUCAAAUAAUAAUAAAGGGAAAGUGGAUGAUGAAACAGAUGAACCGGAUGCUGCAGGUGACAAUCAGCAAAAGAAAGUUAAUACAGAUAGCUUCAAGUGGACGACUGUGAAGAUCAUGGAGUUAGUCCAUGUGGCAAUGUUGAACUGUGAUCCAGGCCAGUUAUCAUUCAUGCCAUACGACCAGGUGAUCGUGGACUGGGACGUUGUGGCACGGACUGUGGAUCUGCCGAGAGCCAAGUGCGAGGAGAAGUGGAAAGUACUGCUGAAAUCUACACGCCACUUCCGAACGCUGCCAGAAGUCAUCACUGAUGUGGUCCUGCAACAUCAUAAAAGUGACCUGUUUCAACACAACAAGCAUGUGGAUCAAGGAAACAGUUCAAAGUCAACUGAGACAAAGAAGUCAGUUGAGCCGAAAAAGACCAGGAUCCCCGUGAACACCAAUCAUCCAGUGAAACCAAAGCUGAGUGCAUACAGUUACUUCUGUGAGGAGAAAGCCAAGGCUGUACCAGAGUCCGGUGUACAUAAGAUGAUCCGGCUGGGCGUGAUGUGGAAGACGACGGACGAACAAGAAAAGGCACGGUACCAGAAAAUAUGUGAUGAGAGGAAGGAGGCUUAUCUACGGGAGGUGAAGUCGUACGCCACUCUACACCCAGAGGACCUUGUGAUACAGCAUACCCUGGCUGAGUUGAGGAAAUCAGAUGAGAGGAAGAGAAAAGAAGAGGGCUCAAAAGCAAAAGUAAAGAAUGGUGCGGUUUUAAAUACUGACUCCCCUAAGAAAAAAUCUAAACCUGUAGAAAAUGAUUCAUCCUCACAAGAAGACCUGAACAAGACACUUCCUGUAGUUUCAAAUGCCAAGACCCCGGUUAAGAGACACCAUUCAGACACAGAGUUGUCUGCUAAGAAGAAGAAGAAAAAGAAGGAGAAGAAAGCGCGAAGGGAAGCCAUGGUUACUGCAGAGGAUGUCUAUAUAGAGGAGAGGUUUGAUGACUACAAGAUCUCCAAGCCAGACAUGGAGGACAACGAUAUAAAGGCCAGGCUCACACACAAGUUUGGCAAAAUGUCGGACAAAAAGAAGGCAAAGUAUGAGGCAUUGGCAGCAGAGAGGAAUGGCUGAGGACAAAAGAUUACUAAAGACUGGAGUAAAAAAACUGACAACUUUUGGAUUAAAAACUUUGAUAAAUUUUUAAAUAUUUUGUGAUUUGUUAACAGCCCUUCAAGAUCUCUUAAUUAAGUUAUUAGAAUGAAGUCGCUCUACUGUAAACUGUUAGUUACAAAAAUGAAAAUAUAAAAUAAUACCCUUACUCUUGGAAACGGGGCUUAAUGCAUGUGCAUAAAGUAUCCUACCAAUAUGCACAGCCUAAUCAGGGAUGACUCUUUGCUUUAAUGGUAGAUAUAUUUUUUUAAAGGAAGAAUUCUUAGAAUCCAUUUAAAGCGGAAAGUGUUGCCUUUAUAAGCCUGUGUGGACUGCACAGGCCAACAGUCUGGGAUGACAUGUCAAGCACAUGCAUUAAGCCCUGUUUUCUCAAUAUUUGGCUCUCUAUGCAAAACAUUGCUACCAUGUUAUCAGACCUGGGAUGGUCAGUUCUAUCAGUCAGCGACCCAUGUUUGCUGGUCAGCUGUUGUUGCAGCAUUGUCGUUUUGUUUGAAUGAAACCCUGUGUUUAUUUUCAUGUUGAAGGAUGCUCCAUGGUGGCAGCUAUUUUAACUCGAGCACUCUUUAAUUUGAAAGAAUCAUGGUGUAGUUUACUGGUAAGAAAUGUUGUGUAUUAUACGGGUUGUGUCAGUAUACAUUGGCACUAAUGUAAACAAUCCAGUCCACAGUGUUUUUCUAAGCUCACCUGAGCACAACAUGCUCAUGGUUAACUUUUGUGAUCACUAUAUUGUCCGGUGUGCGUCAACUGUCCGUUGUAUCUGGUAUUAUACAUGGCUAUUGUCCGGUGUGCGUCAUCUGUCCGGUGUGCGUCAUCUGUCCGUUGUAUCUGGUAUUAUACUUGUAGACCUUUCCUUGGAUUGCAUUUUUUAUUCGCCCGUUUUCGAAAACAGGACUUAUUAUAAGAUAACCUUUGGCGGGCGGUGUCCACCGCAGUGUCUGCUCUCUAAUUAUCCCCCCGCCAUAGGCGGAGGGAUAUUGUUUUGGCGUUGUCCGUCCGUCCUUCCGUCCGUCUUUCCAUCCGUCCGUCUGGAGCCAUAUCUUGGAAGUGCUUUGGCGGAUUUCAUUGAAACUUGGUAUGAGUAUAUAUAUGGGUAAAAGGAUAAUGCAUGCCAAAUGGCAUUGUACACCAUCUGAUAAUAACAGAGUUAUGGCCCUUUAUAUUUUGAAAAAAUGAUUUUUGUGUGUCCAGAGCCAUAUCUUGGAAGUGCUUGGGCGGAUUUCAUAAAAACUUGGUAUGAGUGUCCAGAAGCAUAUUGGCGGGGGAUAUCAUUUCAACGAAUUUGCUUGUUCAAAUGGUUUUCAUCAGAUCUUCACCAAAAUUGGUCAGAAGUUGUAUCUAGACAGUAUCUAGGUCAAGUUCGAAUAUGGGUCAUGCAGGGUCAAAAACUAGGUCACUGGGUCAUUUCACUUAGUGCAUUGAAAUGAUUUAGCAUGGUGUCCACUCUCUAUUUUAAGUAGUUUUCAUCGGAUCUAAACCAAGUUUGAUCAGAAGUUGUGUCUUAUUGAUAUUAAGGUAAAGUUCAAAAAUGGGUCAUGCUGGGUCAAAAAAUAGGUCAUGAGGUCACUAAGUGCAUUUCAAUCAUUAAGCAUGGUGUCUAAUUGGAGUAGUUUUAAUCCCAUCUUCUCCAAAUUUAGUCAGAAGUUGUGUCUAAAUGAUAUCUAGGUCAAGUUCAAAUAUGGGUAUUGUCCAAAACUAUCAAAUCUUGUGACAGUUUGGCACUCUUGUUUUGGCUGGUAGGAUCAAGGAGAAGGGCACUGUUAAUUUUAGGAGAAAAAUCAGAUUCUUCUCAUAAACUUUGUUCGACUAAGGAUUGUUAGAGGUAUAGUUAUAAUAUUCUGUGGGUAGGUAGCUUAUCUGCAGUUUUUGAGAUUUGCACUAUUCUUUUAAUGUUAUUAGAUUAUAAUGUUUAAGACUUGGUUUUAUGGCUUUUCCAUGUUAUUUGUUGUAUCCAUUUUUUCUGUUUCAUCUGUACACAAGUUAAUACAUCCCUAAAAUGGGUGUAUUUCAUGACUAGCUGGCAUUCCUGUGAACAGAUUGAGGAACAUGUGUUUUUAUUGUAUUUUGUUUUAUACUUAUUGUAUGCAAUAUGUCUUAUUUGUUGUUUUUUUAAUGUCAUUUCAGACACUGAUGAAAAUUUUCAAAUUCUUUAAUGCAUGAAAUUCUGCACAAACAUACACCAUGUUACAUUGUUGGUCGUUCAUUGAGUCACCUCAGGCACUGGUUUUAUGUAUUCAUUUGGUACUGGUUUUAUGUAUUCAUUUUGUAUUUGUGUUUUAAUUGAAACUCUUUUUAAAUGUUGUGUGUUAUAGUCCCCUACCGGUGAAACCGGAGGGGACUUAUGGUUUGCGCUCUGUCAGUCUGUCUGUCAGUCUGUCCAUCAGUCUGUCUGUCACACUUUUUUGGAUCCUGCGAUAAAUUUAAAAGUUCUUCAUAUUUUUUCAUGAAACUUAGAAUAUGGAUAGAUGGCAAUAUGGAGAUUAUGAAUGUCAUUUCAUUUUGUUCCUAUGUCAAUAAUUAUGGUUGCUAUGGCAACAAAUAUAAAAAAUAUAAAAAAAAUAAAAAAAUUCUGACAAUGGUGGGGUUUCACUGGUAGGGGACCAUAUUGCUUGGCAAUCUCUUGUUUUUAUAUAAAUUUGUAAAUGUUUUGUAACAAGAAUAUUUGUUUUGACAUUGUUAUAUUGAAGCAUGUCCAUGUAUUGACCUUUUACCAGUAAGGCCUUUAAAAUAUGAUUUAUUUCAUGAAUCAGUGUAAACUGCACCAUUGACAUUUUAUCAAGACAAUGUAAAUUAUUGUGUGUGGUUUCUGCUGUUAACCCUUUUAGCGCUGGAACCGGAUUUUAAAGGCCUUUGCAAACUGUUUGGAUCUAGAUGAGACGCCACAGAACGUGGCGUCUCAUCAGGAUCCAAACUGUUUGCUAUUCCGAUAGUAUUCUUUGAAAAAAUUCGAAGAAAAUGCCAAUUUUAGAAAUUCAGCAGACGACAUUUUAGCAGACGACAAAUUUUCCAGCAUGCAAAGAGUUAAAGGAUACACUUAACCGUGUUCUGCAAAAAUGGGGCUUAUUAAAUUGCAUAAAGUGUUGUCCUAGAUGAGCCUGUGCAGUCCCCACAUUUUCCAAGUUAUUUGUUUCCUCUAAAAAAACUUGAAAUAUUUUUGCUUUCUACUAAUUUUCUUAAUCCAUUGUUUUAGUCCUUGACGUUUCAUAAUUGUAUGUCAGGGGUCAUCUUCAUGGCAAUCAUGUCAAGUAUUCUAUAACAGUGUUUUUUUUUAUGGCAAUUUCGGGGCCGAUAUUCGGCCCCAUUCCCCUAAAAAAAGAGUAUAUAUUUUUCCCCAUUUUGUAGAAAAAAUCCCCUCCAAAAGUAAAAAAAAAAAAAAAUUUUUUUUUUUUGUUGUUGUUGUUGAAGUAACUGUUUUAUGAUAAAUAUACAGGGCUCAACAUUUAUGGUUGUCCUUUUGCUCCUGGCAAGUAAAAGUUGGGUCUGGGCAAGUUAUUUUAUAAUCUAGUUGUCCGCCCGGAAAAGUGCAAAGAAGAACAAAGAGCAUUUAAAAAGAACAAAGAGCAUUUAAUUUAGACUUUAAUUGCUGUAAUCAUUUUGUUAAAUGUUCAAAAAUAAAAAAGGUUUUGUGGUGUAUCAUUUUGGUUUAUCAAACAAUAUGAGGUUUACAGUUGAUGCGAUAUUUCAUGUUUGGGCAAGUUGCUUUACGUUCAGUGCAAGUAGAUUUUGGAAGUACUGGCCCGGUAGGGCAAGUUGGUUUUUCGGUUAAUGUUGAGCCUUGAUAUAUCUCAAAUUUAUUUCAUAAACAACUAAUUAAGUAUAUAACUAUAAUUAAUGUUAUUUUGAAUUAUUAUAAAAAGUUAUAUUAAGUUAGUUUUUCCCAAAUCAGUUAAUUUAACAUGAAUUGCAUUUUUUUCCAAAAAUGGCCAGGGAAAGGCCUGAUGUAUCUAGGUAUAUUGUGUCAAUAUUCGUUGAUAAAAACAUUCCAAUUUGGUCCAUUUUAUUGAUAAAAAAUGCUCGCAUUUUCCAUUUUAUCGAUUAAAAAAUCCCAAUUAGACUCAAAAUGGCAAGGAAAACUAAGACUGUGCAUGGAGGCUGAACUGUCUGAAACAAAUGUUGAAAAAACCAUUGGUACAGUAUAUAUUUAAGAAAUAGGACAAAGACAUUCAGCUGUGAAUAUUACAUUCAUGCAUACAUGUGUAUUCAUAUAAUAAAUAUCAUUACAUAUAAAAGAGUAAAUUUUUAAUUUUCCCCUUUUCCUAAAAAACAACGCGUUUUUUCCCCUUUGGACUGGUCACGCCACCAUUCCCCAAUAGGUGAAAAAAAACACUGUUUAACAUGUGUUCAUAUGUCAUCCAAGGGUGUUCAUGGGUGUUUUGAUGUAAGCUGUGUAAUACUGCGAUGUGUUCAAUAAUUAAGUAGGAACAGUGACCUAUGUUUUAUAACAAAGUUCAAUAAAAGAGUUGCUAUGGUUUACCAUGUUUUGUUACAAUUUUAAUUAGUUGAGAAGCUACGGUUUACCAUGUUUUGUAACAAUUUUGAUUAAUUGAGUAGCCACGGUUUACCAUGUUUUGUAACAAUUUUGAUUAAUUGAGUAGCCACGGUUUACCAUGUUUUGUAACAAUUUUGGUUAAUUGAGUAGCUACGGUUUACCAUGAUUUGUAAAUAUUUUGGUUAAUUGAGUAGCUCCGGUUUACAUGAUGCUGUAACAAGGUUCAACUAUAGAGUAGCUACGAUUCACCAUGUUAUGCAAUCAAAGUACUAUAACAGAGUGGUGACAAAGUAUAAUAAUAAUAAAGCAACUAUGGUUUACAAUGUUUUGUAACAAAGUUUUAUAAAACAGAAGCUAAAAUUUACAAUGUUUUGUUGUGACAAAGUUCAAUAAUUAAGAAACUAUGUUUUACAAUGAUUUGUAACAAAGUUUUAUAAAACAGUAGCUACAAUUUACAAUGUUUUGUUGUGAAAAAGUUCAAUUAAAAAGGAACUAUGAUAAAAUGAUUUGUAACAAAGCUUUAUAGUUCAGUAGCUACCGUUCACCAUGUUAUGUAAGAAAGUUCAAUAAACGAAUACCUGCAGUUUUCCAUGUUUAGUAACACAGUUAUAGAGAAAAGUAGCUACAAUUUACCAUGUUUUGUUCCGAAUGUCCAUAAUAGAGGAACUAUGUUCCAACAUACUUUGUAACAAAGUACAAUAAUAAAGUAGUUAUGUUUUACCAUGUUUUGUAACAAAGUUCUAUGAUAAGAGUAGAUAUGAUAAGAGUAGAUAGGGUAAGCCUUAUUUUGUAACAAAGACUAGUAAUAGAGUAUGUGCAAUUUAGCCUGUUUUGUAACCAAUUUUAAUGUUAAUUACUUACUUCAUCAUAUUUUGUCAUGAGAAACUGUUUUCUGUGUUUUUUGUCGAAACAAUUAAUCAAAAUGGCAAUUAAGACCACACAACUUUCUUGGGUGGCAGCCCUAUUAAAUUAAAUUAUCCAUUUUCAGCCGUCAUUUUAAAAUCUAAACAUUGGAAAUUUUUUACAUAACAAAAUGUCAACUCAAUUUUGAUUCUUCAUAUUUUUAGAUGCUUUUAUUGUUCUGCAUUUUAAUAUUUCUGUUGCAAUUUGAUGACAAGUUUUGUACAUGUAUAUAAGAAAACAUCAGAACCUAAAUAAAGAAGUUGUGAAUAGCU